GUUUAAAAAUAUAUUAAGAGCACAAUCAGGAUAAUACUAAUAAAACUGUACGUAUCAUUCAGGCAUAAUCGCAGUAAGCUAGUCAAGAUUGAAAAACAAAAGCGUCAGAACACGCUUGUUAAUAUUGCGCAUUUCGCUGAAAUAAACGUGAGAAAAAACAGUAUUGGUGUAAAGUUUGUGGUUCAUAUACCAACGAAUCAAACCUGCAAGUAAAACCAGAGUUAUAAUGGGGCGCCGCUGCUGCGUUGCUGAAUGCCCCUCUACGUCGCGUCUCUUUGAGCACCAUGGCGUGACCUACCACUCAUUCCCGAUGGACGCCGUCAUUCGUGCCAUUUGGAUCAAGAACUCCCGCAUAAGUCUGGACCGGCAAAUCACAAAAAGUGUGCUUGUAUGCUCACGUCAUUUUCGACGCCUCGACUUUAAUACUAUACGCAAUGGAAAGUACUUGUUGAAGCCGCGCGUCUUUCCCACUGUAUUUCCGUGGGGUAAGAUGGAGCCCGCUGAGAUAGAGGCUGAUCAUCGGGCCUUGCAACAGGCGACGGUGGAUGGUGCUGGUGUAAGCGGUGCCGCGAACAGCGCCAAUAACGAAGACGUCAUUAAGGCAACUGUUGACCAGAUUGUUGCCCAAAUAUUAGCAGAGACAGCGGAACGUAAUGCUGCAGCGGCUGCAGCAGCAGAGGCUGCCGCUAAGGCUGAAGCUGAAGCAGAGUCUGAAGGCAGUCAAAAAGAAUCAGCAAAGGAAGCCGCCGUCGACACCGCUGUUGUUGCGCCAUCUACAGAGAGCACAGCUGUUGUAUCCGAGGUAACAACCGCUUCAACUGAUUCGGCCAAUGAAACAGUUAUUGCUGCCAGCAACGCGUCUUCGCCCCUUUCAAAUACGCCACCGAAAUACGGCUCACCCACAAACCUGACAAUUGGAGCUCGUCUAGAGGCGUUGAGCGUCGAUGGCGCUUGGCUGCCAGCACGCAUUGUCGAAGUUAAUGAAACGGAGCAAACGCUACUGAUACGAUUCGAACGCAACAACAAGCUAAAGGUAUCACCGUCGACAAGCGGCAGCUAUCAAGAAUGGAUCGCCUUUAAAUCGGACCGCUUACGACAGCGUAUCAGUUCGCGGGUUCUUCCCAUUUUCGAGCUGGAGGAGAAGUGCAUGGCGCGCUGGUCGGGACCUCGAAAAUUUCCGGGAACCAUCAAAAAGCUUCUGGGCAAUGACACUUAUGAGGUGCUAUUCGAUGAUGGGUACACAAAGAAUGUUCGUGCAGUGCACAUGAAUAAAUUGCCACGCCAACUCUCGGCCAACAUAGAACCAGAUGUUGAGACGCAAUCAACAGACUCUGCUUCAGCUACAGUUACUGUAAAAAGGCCCAGUACUAGUGCCUCUAGCAGCAACAAGAAAGCCAAGGUGACUCCUCAACGCAAGGACUGGCCACUGCUAGACAUGUCUAAUUUGGACUUGGCGGCUUUGGGAUUGCCGGAAAUACCACUUGAUGGGGAAUGGACAUGCCAUUGGGUGAAUGAUCAGCCAAUUGGCUCAGAAGGUUUUCUGAUUGUCGGCGAGCACCAGAAGCCGACGGUCAUUGUGAACGACUGGCGAUUGCCGCCUGGUUGGAUCAAACAUAUGUACCAACGCUCAAAUGUGCUCGGAAAAUGGGAUGUCAUUUUAGUGUCGCCCAGCGGCAAACGUUUUCGCUCCAAAUCUGAUUUAAAGGCGUUUUUGGAGUCACAGGGUCUGGUCUAUAAUCCGGAUGUGUACGAUUUUAGUAUUCAUCGCCGGCGAGCGAAAGACAUUAAUGCCUACGUCUAUACGCAUGACUACAGUCCACAACAGCCAGCAAAGCCGAAGCCAAUGGACGUGUCCCUGGACACAUCAAAAACAGAGUCACAGGAACUUAGCAACAACAAGCUAUCGACAGCUGCGUCCUCAUCAACGCCUAUAUCACCAUUGAGCACACGUCGUGGGGCAGGCGAGGACAGUCAGUAUAUGGAAACACCGGUUGCCUCGCUGAUACCUCCUGCGGAAUUGAUGUCACCGUCGCCACGUGCCCCAGAUAAUGAAGCACCGGCUCAUGCAGCUGAAUCAGUCGAUGCAACCCCUGUGCUACCCGUCGAUGAGCAAGGCACCUUACUUGAAGACGGUUACGUAUUUAUUGGCGGAUUGAAGGUACAGAUAACCGAUAAUUUGUUUGUGUGCCCCAGUGAAGGCUGCGGUAAAACUUGCCGCAAAGAGGACUUUCUGCAAAUACACAUACGACAUUAUCAUAAGGAACUAGCACAACACUUCAGUCACUGCCCGAAGAUGCAGGAACUGGCUGUUAAACGCACUCAUCCGUCUUCGAUUGAACAGAAUGAUCAGACGCCGAAGAAUCAAAUACCGAAUCAACAGUUCUUUAAUAAGAUGCACCAACAAGAUUUACAGCAAUCCCGAUCCUUUCGACGUCAACCAGCUGUUACGGAAACAUCGCCAACAAUUCGUGACGGCUCGCCAAUUGUUUCGCCUAGCAACCGGUUGUCAUCGCCUAAAACGGAGACGCCAACGACACCAAAAAGUACGCCACAACCAACAAGUGGCACUCCGGAAGCUGCUGCAAAUGUUGUACCUCCACCGAAUGUAGACGUUUCGCCUCUUCCAGCAGCACUGGAGUCGACUAAAGUGACUACACCAGUCGCAACAAACCGCUCCGCCAAACGUUCGCGUCCAUCAUCCAGCAAGCGCUCGUCUGGCUCCCGUAAAAGCAGCCGACAACGCACACAACGUCGUUAUGCAAAUGUCGCGCAUGACAAUAUGCCUACGGCAAAUACUGCGCUUAACUCACCAGCCUCUGGAGGAGAUUACGAAGAUACCCGACAGUCGUUUACUACGCCCACACCAGAUGUUCGUAAUGAUGCCAAGAAACGCCGUGUAGCUCUCUCUGGAACGCCGGCUAGCUCGCCUAUAAUCGAUGCUAUGUCAACACCAUCCUCUAACGAUCUGGUGGAUAUAAAUGCAGCAUUGGCGCCACCGCCGCCCCAGUUGACCAGCCAUACGCCACAGUACAUUAAGGAGAACGGCGAGUUAAUACGUAUAGUGCGCAUGAGGCAGGAAGAAAUCAUAAAUUGCAUUUGUGAAUAUGGCGAAGAGGAUGGUCUCAUGAUACAAUGUGAACUAUGCCUUUGUUGGCAGCAUGGUGCUUGUAAUGGCAUUGUUAAAGAAUCGGACGUACCGGAUAAAUAUGUCUGCUACAUUUGCCGCAAUCCGCAGCGAGUACGCGAAUCGAUGCGUUUCAAGCAUGAUCAGGACUGGCUUUUCGAAGGCAAACUGCCUGUUGCUGGGUAUCAUACGCCGAACCCUCAGACAUCUAAGAAGUUCGAGUUGUUAAAACGGUCACACACGCUUACGGGCAAUUUGCUAGAUGCUAAGCGUUCCAUGCAUUCUCUGUUAGUAAAAAUCAAUAUUGCUCGCAAUCGUUACCACCCCAAACUAUAUCUGUGGGCCAAGAAGUGGGACGAAGAUCAGGCUGAGAACUCAACCACUCCUGUCAAGCGUCCAAAGGCCGAACAGCCAGACUGGCCGCAUGUGCCGCAACCGGAAGCUGCAAUCGACCCAGAAGAGUGCCAAUACCGUUUAAUAGAACACGUUAAGAUACAGCAGUCGUUGUUAAUGAAUCGUCUUAAUGAGAUCGAAGGAGAAAUGGAUGAGCUGGAAAAGGAAGACACCUUGCCCGAUUUAAAAGAUGCAAAUAUGUCAACAACGAAAGAGGCCAUGGCAACGUUUAUAAAGGAGCUGGAAACAUUAAAACGUCUUGCUAAUCUUAACAAGGUGGCUAAUAUGAAGCAAGCAUUAAAGAAUCAAGAACCGUCAACCGAUGUUGCGCAAGCGUGAACUAAAAAUGACAAUUUUAAGUAAAAAUGUACCUUAAAAACCAUCUAAAUGUUAUCAGAAUAUGAAUAUAAAUAUGAAUAAAAUAACAAUGCUUUGUUUGAAAAC